AUAUAACUUAUUAUAUCAGUUUAUUUAUCAGGAGCAUGGAGACGUCAUCCAUCACAGCUAGUAAUGCCGUGUACGAGCUGGCUCUGCACCAGGACUAUCAAGAUAGACUGUUCCAGGAGCUGAAGGAAGCGUACGCCAAGACCCCAGACAUGGACUACGACACACUGCUCAGUCUGCCUUAUCUCAACCAGAUCUUUGAAGAAACCGGAAGAAAGAACCACGUAUUAUAUUCUUUACCGAAAGUCUGCACGAAGCACAGCACAUUUGUAAUUGAUGGCAACGAAGUGGACUUAUUCCCAGGACAGUUGGUGAUGAUUCCCAGUGUGGAGAUCCAAAUGGACGCCAAGUAUUAUCCGGACCCUGACGUGUUCGAUCCUGAGCGGUUCAAUGAGGAGAACAAGAGUGGGAGACCGGAAGUGACGUACAUGCCGUUCGGGGAGGGACCACGGAUCUGUGCCGGUAUGCAAUUCGGGAUCCUGCAAGUCAAGAUAUUCCUCUGCCAUCUUGUGUACCACUACAGAAUCCUACCAACGUCGAGGAGCGCCGCUAAACCAUCCUACUCCAAGCAUUCCUACUUUGUCAUUCCUAACCAUAACCAGUUUCGUCAAACUAGUUCGGAGAAAUCAUUGAUUGACGUUAUAGAUCGUUACUUGUGUUGUAUAUUUUUUCGUGUUUUUUUAUAUUGUACUGAAUAGAAUAAGUGUUUAUGUAAACGUAAGCUAAUAAUAAAUAUAAGAACUCAAAAGAACACAGGAACCUCCAGAUUAAGAUUACAACCCCUCCCCCCUCCCCGACUGGGGCAAUCUGGAUCUGGGAUCUGAUGGAGGCCGACAGCUCUUAAAAGCCCAAGAGGCCGGAUAGUUCGAAUGCUUCCAGAGCAUGGUAGCUGUCAAAUGCUGAAGCUCUUACAGGUUGGGAGCUCUUGGAAGCUCUUCUAAGGAAGUCUCAAAACAGACACCUCACUGCUACGGGCUAAGAUCAUAGAGACUUAGUUUCCAGAAACCAAGAGAUCCAGAACCCGAAACAUGCAUAUGUCAGGGAUAUGAGGCUGCCAAAGGCAGCAUACCAAAGGCCGUAGAUCCUAGAGGAUACGAGCUCCUAUAAGCCAGGGACUUACGAAAAAGGGUAGGGGCAAUCUAAAACCGGGACACGAUGAAGGCCAACAGCAUCCAAAGGUCCAAGAGGUCAGUUAGUUUGAAUUGUUUUAGAGCAUGCUAGCUACCGAAGACAGAAGCUCUUACAGGCAGUGAGCUCUCGAAGGCUGACAAGUUCCAAAAACAGACACCUGGCAGAGGCCCGAGCUAUCGAAAGAUGGGAAUGCUUCAGAGUUAGUUUAAUGUACAUUCUUGUGGCUUUUAAAGAACCAGGCAUUUCAGUGACAAAGUUCCAAUAAAUCUUAAGAAUUGCAACUGAACUCUACCUGAAUUUUGUGGCUAGUAACCCAAAAGGUCUUUAGGCAGAUUUCAUAGUAAUCUGGUUAUUUAAGCACCCUCAUCACGGAAAUUCCGGGACAAGUUUUGGCACUACAGAAUCCUACCAUCGUAAAGGAGUACCACCAAAUCCUCUUACUCAAAGCAUUCAUACUUUGUCAAUCCUAAUCAUACUCAAUCCGUCAAGCUUGUGCGGAGAAAUCACUCAUAUUAUAGAUAGUUACGUGUUUGUAGAUACUUCUUAUUGUAUAUAUUGUACUGAAUAAAAUCUAUUUUUCUGUAAA